CCGUCGCAGCCCCAGGUCGGCAGCCGCAGCCAUGAACCCGUUAUUCGGGCCCAACCUCUUCCUCCUGCAGCAAGAGCAGCAGGGCUUGGCCGCCGCCGCGGAUCCCGAGCCGCCGCCGCUCCCGCCGCUCCUCCUGCUCCCCCGCGAGCCCCAGGGGGACAGCCUCGACGGGGAGCUGGCCCCGCCGGCCUCCCUCGCCGCCGGGUCUCCCUUCCCGGCCCCACCGGCCGCCAUGGCCCUCCGCAACGACCUGGGCUCCAACAUCAACGUGCUGAAGACCCUCAACCUGCGCUUCCGAUGCUUCUUGGCCAAGGUGCACGAGCUGGAGCGCCGCAACCGGCAGCUGGAAAAGCAGCUGCAGCAGGCCCUGGAGGAAGCCGGGGCCCGUCGGGGCAGCCUGCAGCGCCGAGACCAAGCCGUCCAGACCGGCUUCAUCAGCCCCAUCCGCCCGCUGGGGCUCGCGCUGGCCGCCGGCGGCAGCGGCGCUAGCAGCCGGCCUGUGGGACUGAGCGCCCCGUCGAGGGCGCUGAGCUCCCCCAGCUGCCACCACCCUGGGGCGCCGCUCACCCCCACCUCCUCGCAGCCUCCGUCCCUGCCCGGCAGCGUGUUCUCGUCCUCUUCCCGCUUCUUGCCGGGCACCAUCUGGUCCUUCUCGCAGGCUCGCCGCCUGGGGCCCGGCCUGGAGACCACCCUGGUGCAGGGGCCCGGCGUCUCCUGGGUCCACCCGGACGGGGUGGGGGUGCAGAUCGACACCAUCACCCCCGAGAUCCGGGCUCUCUACAACGUGCUGGCCAAGGUGAAGAGGGAGCGCGACGAGUACAAGCGCAGGUGGGAAGAGGAGUACACGCUGCGUGUGCAGCUGCAAGACCGAGUGAGCGAGCUGCACGAGGAGGCCCAAGAGGCAGAAGCCUGUCAAGAGGAGCUGGCGAUGAAGGUGGAGCAGCUCAAAGCAGAGCUGGUGGUUUUCAAGGGGCUGAUGAGCAAUAACCUUACUGAGUUGGAUACCAAGAUCCAAGAGAAGGCCAUGAAAGUGGACAUGGACAUCUGUCGGCGCAUAGAUAUCACCGCCAAACUGUGCGACGUGGCCCAGCAGCGCAACUGUGAGGACAUGAUCAAAAUGUUUCAGUCUCUGCACUUGUCUCCCAUUAAGGUCCCAGCUACUGUGGGGCGGAAGCGGGAGCGAAAGCUGGUCAGUGAUGAGGAUACCUCCCAGUCUGAGAGUGAGACCUCCAAAAAACUGGAAGAGGAGGAGGAGGAUGAGACCACAGCCAUGAGCAUCAACGAAGAGAUGCAGAGGAUGCUGAACCAGUUGAGGGAGUACGAUUUUGAAGACGACUGCGACAGCCUCACCUGGGAGGAGACAGAAGAAACGCUGCUGCUGUGGGAGGAUUUCUCUGGCUACGCCAUCGCUGCAGCCGAGGCCCAGGGCGAGCAGCCGGAUGAUAGCUUGGAGAAAGUGAUCAAGGACACGGAGUCACUUUUCAAAAGCAGAGAAAAGGAAUAUCAAGAAACCAUUGACCAAAUAGAGCUGGAGCUUGCGACAGCCAAGAAUGACAUGAACCGGCACCUUCACGAGUACAUGGAGAUGUGCAGCAUGAAGCGUGGGCUGGACGUGCAGAUGGAGACCUGUCGCCGGCUCAUCACCCAGUCUGGGGACAGAAAGUCUCCUGCUUUCACUCCAGUACCGAACAGUGACUCGGCCCCAAACGAGGAGACGGAGGAGUCCGAUCAUGACCUCCCAAGUGACGCCUCCAUAAGAUAAUGGGGGAGGCUCUCCCCCUCUGCACCUCCCUCUCCUGGCCUGUGGGGGGAGCCCGCUUCUAGCUGGGGCCGUGCGGGGCGGCGGGGGCAAAGUGCCACCGUUAGCAGUCUGCCCCUUGGCCUCUCCACCCGUGGAGGCAAAGCGCGGUACAGUUGCCCCUGGGGACCUGGCUUCCCGCCUCUUUCCCCCUCUGACCACCUCCUUUCCCUGCCCUCGCUCCCCGUCCCUUCCCUCCCCUGGUACGUCGGUGGGCUUUGGUGGGGAGGCUCCCACCUUAUUGUAGCUGCUCCGCCCCGGGUUUGCCUUACGAAGCACCGUCUUUCUCGUCGCCUCCUAGCAUAUGUGACUCUUCCUCAUGCUACACAUAAGCAGAACUGGAUCAGUUUAUGUCUGCAAACCCGAACUUUCCCUUGGUGCCAACUGGGCUGUAGGCGGGAUGCCACCGUUCUGCCUGUAAACUUCUGUACCCUCCGGGCCACCUUGAAAACCGUAGUGAGAGCCUCUCCUUGCGGGGAUGAAGAAUGAGCCACAGUCUCCCUCACCUCAGCCCCGUCCUUGCAUUUUGCUUAGUUGUGCACUCUUUGGCACAAACGUCGUAUGUGAUGUGCUCUGUCUGUAACUAAGAGUAUUAAAUGGAGAACGUGCUUUUGUA